CGUCUCCACAUAUCCUUAUCAGAUAGCGCUCUCCGGGUUUUGAACUUCCACGUUUAUCUUUUUCACGUGGAGACCAUGAAGGUCUUGGGAGAAUUCUCCAUCACAGUCUUGACCUUGGGGCAAAAGAGCUCUUUGGUGACUGUUCAGGAGAACGAGCUGGUAGAAACCCUCAAGUGGAGGCUAGAGCAACAGUAUGGCAUCCCUGUGAAGCAGCAAAAGGUGAUGUACCAAGGCAAGAAUGGCUCCUGCGAUGACUUGAAGUCGAACCGUCGACUUAAGGACUUUUCGUGGCAGAAGCCUGCGCGCGUGGUGCUGCAGCAGCAUUUGCCUCCCAAGCCGAAGGGCGUGGCGCCGGACUUCCGGAACAAGCGUCGUUGGGUGCAGCCACUUCCGCCCAUGCCCAAGUUUCCACCUCCACAGGAGCCGUCCCGUGAGGUGCGCGAGGCGGUGCCCAAUUCCCCAAGGCCGCCCAAUCGGCCGGUGCCGCGUGGAAGUGAUUCAGGCCGUCGGAUCACGCCGACCGUGGCCAAGAACAAGGCCAUUCCGACAAAGCCGCCUUCCACCUGUAGCACUUCCGCCACCUCUGCGACUACUGUGUCCUGUGCGAGCAUCAACCACUCGAAGAGUUGGUCGCCUCCGAUCUCGGGAGGGGCGACGCCCAAGGCGCCUGAAUCCUUUUGCGACAUGCACAGCCGCAGCAAGGCCUCGACGCCAGGUGCCCCCGCGGUGAACGUGGCGAUCGCUCAGCCGGGCCAAGCAGGCGUCGCGCGGAUCCGCAAGAACGACUUGCAGCGCGUUGGACGCUUGGGCGUCGGUGCAUUUGGCUUGGUCACCCUAGAGGCCGAUUUGCGCAAUGGCCGUACCUACGCCCUGAAGGCGGUGUCCAAAGGAUAUUUGGCGCACUUGAGGAUGGAAUACUCUGUGCUCAAUGAGAAGCGCAUCUUGAAGAUGUUGGACACGCCCUUUGUCGUCCGCUUGCUGGCCACGUACAACGGCAGACAGCAUGUGUACUUCUUGCUGGAGGCAGCUCUGGGCGGAGAGCUCUUCACCACCUACGAGCGGCUGAAGCUCUACGGCUCCGAAGUGCAUGCCCGCUUCUAUGUGGCCUGCGUGACCGAGGCUUUGGCACAUCUGCACGAGAAGAACGUGAUUUAUCGUGACUUGAAGCCUGAGAACUUGCUCUUGGACGUGCAUGGCUUCUGCAAGGUGACAGACAUGGGCUUGGCGAAGAUCACGACCAGUCCAACCUUCACCAUGGUGGGGACACCAGACUACAUGGCUCCAGAGGUGAUUGACCAAACGGGGCACACCAAGUGCGUAGACUGGUGGACCUUGGGCGUGCUGCUCUUCGAGCUUCUGGCAGGACAUGCUCCCUUCGAGUCCAAGACAGGGAAUGCCCAGGAGACCUACAGCUUGGUGAAGCGUGGCAUCGAACAAGUGCCAUUUCCCAAGACCUUCAAGCGAGAGGCGACGGAUCUCGUUCGCACCUUGUGCCAUCGGAACCCAGAGGUGCGCGUCCGCACCCCGCAGCUCCGAGAGCACCACUUCUUCCAAUCCUUCGAUUGGCCAGGGCUACAAGGAUUGCGCGUCACGCCACCAUUGGUGCCUCAGGUGCGCGGACCCCGCGAUUUGAGCAACUUCAGGGAUUGCGAGCACGAGGAUCCCCAGGCCAUGCCGUACCAGGAUACCGGCAGUGGCUGGGACAUCGGCUUCGAGGAUGACAUCUUGUCUGCCGGCGCAUCGGCUGCGGCGGCCGCGGCGCCAAUGCUGUCCUUGCCGUGCCCGGGUGCAAAGGUGUCAACGCCCACCCGUGCACCUGUGACGCAAACUCCAGCAUUCAGGCCAGUGCCCCACAUUGUCUCCGCCACGGUGGCACAGCCACGGCGGCUCGGCAGCCCGCCCUGUUCUCCGCGGGGUGCUUCAGCGCCUCGGCAGGCGCCCACGGCGCAGCGCCAGGCAAUGGGCCCCAGCAGUGCACGAGGCCCAUGGCAGGCCCAUAGCACACAUGCUGCGCAUCCCGGCGCCAUGGAUCGAAAGAUGGCUGCAGGCAGCUGCAUGCCCCGGCCGCAGUCGCCUCCCACCAGCCCAGUUCUGGGUGGAGGAUGAGUCGUUGAAUACCUGAAGUGUCAGACAUGUGCGCGCGGGGCAUUCGCUGGCGCACAGAGAGAUGCGAUGUGCAAGCAGAAAUGGAGAUCCUGUUAGAUGGCCGGAGGGGAGGAUCCUUCAGAUGGAGUG